CGAGGCUGAAAAGGCAGGAAAUGUUCGUUGAAUAGAUCGUGCUGAGUUAAGAUGAUAAUUUGAUCAGAACAUGAUAUAAAUGGCUAAAACUUAUCCAGUUCAUUGUAGGAAGGUUUAUGCCCGGAGUUGAGCUGCAGGGAGUCCGUCUGAAGUGGAGUUUUCACAUUCUUUUAUUCUUGGUCAAGUCUUUUGUAGACCCUUGUCUUUUGAGGAGACUGUCACCCUGGUCUUUGACUCGAUCUUCUGAGGAGGGAAAGGAGUACACUGUUGAAGAAAUCAGUCUAUGGCUGAUCCGCGAUUAGUGAUGGCGAGCCACCCGGCUUGAUCUUCAUUGACAACUGAACGCAGAGGACAGAAACAUCAUCUGCUGGAUCGACUGAACUUCUCAUUGUCACAACGUUGUGGUUGAAGUUGGGACGGAGAAAAAGAACAGGUACCGGGGCUACCAGCUGGGAGCGACCGUAUUGAGCCUGCUCCUCCUGUCACUGACCCUCUGUGUGUUCAGCAUGAAGCAGUUCUGGUCUACCACCCCCGGACGGGUAUAUGACCUUCAGUAUAAAGUGGUGUUGGAUGGUGCCGAGACAGAGAGCAUGAUGGAGAUCGACCCCGCCCAUCGCAUUGAGAUCUUCAGGAUGGGAAAUGGGAGCGAAGAAGUCCUGGAGAUUCAUGACUUUAAAAAUGGAAUGACAGGGAUCCGGUUUGCUAAACAACAGAGAUGCUACAUCAAGAGCCAAACCAAGGAGCUGCCUGAACCAACAGCAAUGGAGCCCGAAGACACCGAGAUGCUGGCGGACGAUGCCUCGGUCGCUCCGUCAGAGGAAAUGGAGGUGUGGGUCCCGUCUGCCGAGCCCAUCGCCGACCGUGCCUUCCUGCUCGACUCAAAGAUCUCAGAAAUCUGCCAGCACCUCCCCGUGCACUGGAUCCACCCUUCCCCUCUGAAAGAUGUGGACUUCCCAGACACCGAGAAUGCUGAGGAGAUGCCGAAGGUCAGAGGUCAACGCCAGGUCAGGGAUGUUCUGGGCCACCAGACCGUCAAUGACUAUAGAGAAGUCGGGAUCGAGCUCGACAACAGGCUGGACGAAGGGGGGUACUGCUGCCAGUAUUGUCGCCGCUCCCAUCGUUACUGCCGUCGCUACCACGAGCCCCUGGGCGGCUUCUGGCCCUACCCGUACUACUACCAGGGCGGCCGAGUCAUCUGUCAGAUCAUCAUGCCCUGCAACUGGUGGAUCGCCCGCAUGCUCGGAAGGGUCUGAGGAGGAACGUCCGGGUCGGGGGUCCUCACUGCUAAGGACAGCGUUCCUGUGGUCAGCCGUGGUGUUCGACACUACUUCACCUUAGCUUUUGUUUUUGGUUUCUGGUGCUAAUUGGUGCUACAACAGGAGGGGGGGGGGAGUGCUUCUGAUAUCUAUCACUUCAGGCUCUUCAAAGUCAAGUGGUGCCCGUGGCGCACCGACAAACUCGAAUAACCACAGGCUUUCAAAGCAUCUUGAUACUCAGUUCUUUGCUGUCAGCUUGCUAAAGUGUUCCUCGUCGCUCCCUUUCACCAAAUAGGAAAGAAGUGAUCAUCAGCUAUCUAGCUUUUCAUAUAUGAUCGUUCACAUUUAAUUUACUCUUGAAUGCAAAACUAGCCUUUUUUUAUUUGCGCAUUAUAUUCGUCGUCAUGGCUUGUGCCCCAUUGCGUUUGUGCAUGAUUUAAUAUGUUGUAAUGACUUCUGAAAUAAAACUUCCAUUUUUUAUUUGUCAUUUUCA